AUGUCUUCUCCUACGACAACGUUGAUGCCCUUUGCGCAGCUGCCAGCUUGUGCAACACAAUGUGGUGUCAUGUACGAUGCCAACGGCGCUUGCGUCCCUCCUGCUGCCGCGCAGGCCGAUGAGACGACCUACGAGAAAUGCUUCUGCAGUUACAGUGCUCUGCAGCCCUGGAAGACCGCCGCCACCGGCGUGUGUGACUACGCCGGGUGCGAUGCCGCUGGCUUCAGCAGCAUUCAAGGGUGGUUCACAUCCCUGUGCAACGCCGUCGAUGGCAAUGCUGUUGCAACAACAUCUGGAGCUUCUUCCACGGCUACCAGCGGUUCAUCAAAAGGCUCAAGCAACAGCGGCAAUGGUGGAGACUGGCUCUCCAACCACUGGAGAUGGGUCGUCAUGCUUGUCAUCCUCGUCGUUGCCAUCGCCGGCAUCUGGAUCGGUGCUUGCAUCUGGCGCCGCCGCUACCUCAGGAGGAAGGAUCGCAUGUACGAGCUUGGCAAGCACGCUCACAAGGGCCCCAGCGGUAUUAUCGCUGGCUCCGGCGUCGACGUCAACCAUGCCGGUCUCGCCCAAGGACCCGGCUCAUUUAUGCCUGGACCUGCUCCUGCCGCUUAUGAGGAGAAGCCACCCAAGGAGAAGAAGAAGUGGGUUGUCAACGAGCGGACGUAA